GCAAAAGCCAUCAAAUAAUUUAUAACUUAAGGCAAAGUCGAAAGAGGAAGUCCCACAUUCCUUCUAUGUGUUAUCUUAAAAUGUUUUAAACAGCUGAUUCACUUUAAUUGGAAAGUUAUACAAUGAAAUCCUCUGAAUUAGAGGAUUACUACAGUGGCUGCAAGUUCUGCAUUUCAAGGGACGAUUCUAUCGAGUAUAGGCCCAGGGAUUGUUAAGGUAGUAAGAACGUAAAAUGCGGCGCACUGUUUUGUUUAUUGGUUGAAGAAUGCAGCAGUUUGGACCCUCAAAAGAAUCUUUCUCCAAAGCACUUCUUGUUGCUGGACUUGAUAUUGGAACUACAACAUCCGGAUGGUCGUAUUUAUUUAUUUGUGAUUUUGCAGUCAACCCAACCGGAGUUGAAACGAAGAUAUGGCGUUCAAACCAUAAGAUUUCAUCGAAAGCACCGACGUGUGUCCUUAUUGAACCCGAUGGGAAGACGUUCUCAGCGUUUGGAUAUGACGCUGAAAACAGGUACAGCAUAUUGGUUGAAGAGGGAGAACAUAUCAAAUGGUACUUCUUCAGGAGGUUCAAGAUGAAACUUUACAAUGAGGACAUAACAAGAGAUAUGGACAUUGAAGAUGAAACUGGAAAGAAAUUAAAUGCAAAGCUUGUUUUUAUGGCUACCAUAAGAUUUCUUAAAGACGACCUUUUGAAAUGCAUUGAAGACCGUAUCAAAGAAUGCGUCAAACCAGAGGAUAUAAGAUGGGUUUUGACAGUUCCUGCGAUUUGGGAUGAUGGUGCCAAACAGUUUAUGAGGGAAGCUGCUGAAAGUGCUGGCAUUUCUUCUGACCAACUGAUCAUAGCCCUGGAACCAGAAGCCGCGGCGAUAUGCUGUCGAUUUGAACCUGUGAAACAGAAAGGGAAUUAUGACUCCCUUUCCAAAUUCAAAACUGGAUGCAAAGUCAUGGUUGUUGAUGCAGGAGGAAACGAGGUUGUUGAGGAAUUUAAACGGAAUAACACGGAAGAUUACAAAUAUAUGAUGCACGAAUUUGAAUUAAAAAGGCGGGCUGUUGACCUAUCAAUAAGCGAUCAACAGAUUAUUUUCAGGAUUCCAUCUGCGUUACUUGUGAAAUGUAUCAGGGGCAAGAAUAUUCAAGAGGCAUCCAUCCAACGCAACACAAUAAAAGUUAAUGUGAGCGAAGUUGCAAUCCUUUUAAAGACGCAAGUUGACGGUAUAGUUGACCACGUUUCAAACCUAAUUGACCAGUCGACCAUAGAUGGUAUUGCAGCAAUUUGUCUAGUCGGGGGUUUUUCAAAUUGUUCUUUUUUCCAACAAGCUAUGAAGACAAAGUUUCAUAACCACACAAUAAUCGUCCCAGAUGAUCCGGACCUUGCGGUCUUGAUAGGAGCCGUAAUAUUUGGACAUACAGCAGACCAGAUUUCCAAGCGAGGGAGCAAUUACACGUAUGGCGUAGAGAUAAGGGUGCCUUUUAUUGAGCAUGUUCACAGAGAAUCUUAUAAAGUAAGAAACGAUCACGGGGAUUUCCACUGCCAACAUGUCUUUGGUAAACAUAUCACAGCUGGGCAGUCGCCUUUUGAUGAAGUUACAACUGGCUUAUUUCCAGCAACAUCAAGUCAAAACACUGUAUGCCUUUCUGUUUAUUGCACACUUGAUCCAGAUCCGAUGUACGUUACCGACGAAGGUUGCCACAUGGCAGGCAGACUGGAAGUUCCUCUAGAAGGAACUGGAACUGACCGAUGUGUUAUGGUACGAAUGAUUCACUUAUGGAAUGAAAUAGAGGUCGAAGCCACAGAAGUCGCUACAGGGACAGUGCAUCGCCUGAGCAUUUAAUAUUAAGAAUUAAUAUUAAAAUAUAUUUUAA